AUGGAGAGCGUUCCAAAGGAGUUGAGAAAUCUUCGAGCAUGUCUCCUGUGUUCUUUAGUAAAGGUAAGAAAUUAUAUAUAUGAACUAUGGUCAUUUUUUACAGAAUUGUCGAAAAACUGAGCAUUACGGGUAUCGAAAAACUUUUAAAGCACGAGUCAUGAGGUGGAGGUUAAAACUUCCCAAUCGAAACCAUCUUAACCUUUAUGCCAAAAACCACUAUUCAUUAGUACUGGUCGAGAGCGGCCCAAAAGCCUUCUAUCGUUCCUUAUUUUAGCCUUUUAAUAUCAGUGUUAUCGCUCAGUAUGUAGUAACUUUUAAGUAUCUUCAGAUUGAUCAAUGUAAUGUCUAUAUGUUGAAAAUGUCAAACAAGUUAAACCUAGCACCUGGUCUAACUUUGCAUUUACUUUCAAUCUGUUUCUUUCAGACCUUAGAGCAGUUUGAAUACGAUGGCUGUGACAAUUGUGAAAAAUAUCUCAGACUAAAGAACAACAAAGAAAAUAUCCUUACUUGUACAAGUGCAAACUUUGAUGGGUAAUAACUAAUAACUCCUCCAUUCAAGUAUACAAACCUUUGUUUUUUAACUAUUGGUCGCUCUCAAUAAACGUUUCAUUGCUCACAUGUUGAAGACUAGGAGAAAUUGCUUCACCAAAACCUUACAGACAUUUAAAUUUCAUGGUGGGGCUUAGUUUGGUUCAAAAUUUUUUUAUUCAUGCAAGUCUAAUGGAAAGUUAGAUUGAGUUGCCCAUUUAUUACUGAGAAUACUUCUUUUCUCUUUCCCUUCUUACUAGUGAAGAACAUGUAUCAACCACCUGGCUCAUAAUUGACAACUUAUGUCUUGGAUAUAUUUCAAAGAAGUUAUAUACAUCUUUUUAGAUUGUAGUACUUUCCCUAUGUGACAUGUUCAGUUUCAUUUGUCCAGAAAAAAGUAUCCUUUUAGUGGCGUUUGAUAAGGACAACUCAAAUAACAAAAUACUAUUAUUAUGCAUGAUUGUUUUUGUUAAUCUUCUGACAGAAUUAUAUCCCUUAUGACACCAGAAGACAGCUGGGUGGCAAGAUGGCAACGAAUUGGUGAGCCAAUUCACUAGAUAUGUAUAUUCAAAUAUAGUAAAUGUCAUAAUAAUAGAUAAGAAACACAUUAAUGUGAUUCAUCUGCACUAGAUGUGCAACCAUAAAAUGAGUGAUUGUUUAUUCCCUAAAAUAACUCUAUCAUCUACUAUGUAUUAUUUCAGAAUGUUACUCAAAUUUAUUUACUAUUUGACUAUAUGGUGGCAAUAAUAAUGAUGACCAUGCAAUGACAUUUGUUACUUUUUUCUAGAUACAUUAGUAAGAGGGUGCUAUGCAAUAUCGGUGAGUGGUAAACUACCAGGUCAUGUAGUACGGGAACUCAAGGCUAGAGGUGUUACUUACAAAACUAGGGACAGAACCAACCAGUAA